AUGAACAAGACACGACUACCGCGGAUUGAAGUUGAAAACAGCAGGACCAAGCUCUACUUGUACUUCCGCGGAGCUGCCACUACAAAACGCGAAAAACAGGAGGAGAGAAGCAUCGCGGCCGGGUCCUCGUCCGAGGUAGGUCAUCAUCGUGCACCAGGCGCGCCGAGGAAAUCAACUUGUUCCGAGCCGGAGUACAGCCGCUGCCGCAAGUCCUCGUGCGGCACAAUUUUAUUUAAUCCAUCGACAACGGACCCAAAAGAUGAAGAACAAGACCAUCCGGAACAUCAAGGGGACAGUGUAGUUGCGAGUGAAAAGAUAACUGGACAUGGCCUGGAUCAUCAACUUCAUCUGCUGGAAUAAAAGAGCGGCCUUCUCGCGGCUGCGUCAGGACUACGUGACGGCGCGGACGACACUAGUUGCCGAGAUAAAGCGGCACACACAACAAGCAGAUGAUCAAACCUAAACCGGUGUAAGAUAUGAGGAUGAAAAGAUUGGACAGAUCCAACCGAAGAACGCGACAGCUGUACUACAGCAUUAUGGCAUGUAAAAUGUUGUAUCAAAAGACCUAGUAGAUCACUUGCGAGACGUCGACCACGACGAGAUAUUAAGCGACUACAACAAAGGAAUUGACUUGUACAAUGCUUGAGUUGAUACAUUUCAAUUUGGUUUCAUCUUGACCUUCUAGUAGCUGCACGAUAGUAGUUGUCUAAUCUAAUUAUACUGAAGGUGGACCAGAAAGAGUCGGUCUAGCAUUUCGCGCACAGCUGCUGCCCAGGUCUUGUCCGCUGCCUGCUGUCGUCGCAAACUCUGCGACACGACAGCCGCAGUGUAAGGUAGUCCUGACUGCUUUUCAUCAGAAAGGGUGUCAUCUCUGUUUGACUCUUAAAUGUUUUCUCGCUCCUGCUUCGUGUUCGGAUUUUUUUUCAGUGGUACUGCUUUUGACAAGAAUCGGAGACGGCACGAUUCCAAUUAUGCGUGCCCAGAAAAGCAAAAGAACAACAUCAACAUCGUGACAUUGAUGCAAAAGAACAAAACGUUUUUUUCGUGGAUCUCGUGGACGACCCCUAUCGCAAUCGCCGAAAAGCCGAGCAACGGUGCGUCGACCCUGCAGAUCGUGGUUCCAGCGCGAGCUGCGACCACAAAAAGGAGACGUCUGUGAGCGCAAAUAAUUCUCCGCCGAUCUACUCGCGUCGCCGGCCGCUACCGACGGACAAGAAACAAACUCGGAGUGCCUUCAUGAGGCCGGCUGCAGCUUCACGGUGUAGUCUUCAAUCGUCUACAGCACAAGACCAAAAACCAGUCGCCGUUUGAUGUGAUGCUCGUGCUGCUGAAACAUCACGUGGUUCGUUGACCCCCCGCGCGCUGCGUGGAAGGGAAAAGGCGCAAGAACGGCAGCAGCGACAACGAGCUGUUUUUGUUUACGCUGUCUGGACGAGGUAGAUGAGUGAAAUCAAUGUGUCAAAGGUCGGGAAACGGUGUCCUUGUCCUUCAUCUAUCUUUUCAUCCUCCAUUUAGCCCCUUGCUCUGUACUUCAAUCAACAUGUUGUACUAGAUCUACUUACAAUCUACUUAGAAAAGCUAGAAGGCUCGUCUCUACUCGAGGCGAUUCAUAUGUAGUUUUAAUCGCGGCCAUGUAAAAAGUUGUCUUUCUUUCUGUUGCCUGCUCAAAACUCCCUCUGUGUCUACCUUGCGUGCCAUCUAUCAUGAACCGGCAUUCGGUCAUGCAUAGGCUCCUAAAGCGGAGCGAAUUUUAUACCAG